GGGGAGGAGGGAGGCAGCCGGGAGGAGGCGAUCCAUGAUGCUGCGGUUCCUGCGAAGGACCUUUGGCCGUAGGUCGAUGCAGCGGCAUGCUGUUGGGAGAGCUGCAGCCACCACUCGUGGGCGAGAUGAGAGAGAUGGCGCAGCCAUGGUGAUGAGGGCAGCAGCCUCCUCUCCUCCAGGGGGGCCCUACCUGCACUCCACCUAUCUGUCCCCCCCUGUGGCCAGUGGAGGGGCCGCAGUCCACAUCCCCGCAGCAGGGGACAACAAGUCCAUACUGACCUGCAAGGUGCAGCUGCUGGAUGGGACGGAUGUCAGUGUGGAUCUGCCGAAACAAGCAAAAGGGCAAGAUUUGUUCGACCAGCUUGUAUACCAUUUGGAUUUAGUGGAAACUGAUUAUUUUGGUCUACAGUACAUGGAUGCUGCCCAAGUGUCGCAUUGGCUGGACCAUACGAAACCCAUUAAGAAACAAAUAAAAAUUGGUCCUCCGUAUACUUUGCACUUUCGAAUUAAAUAUUACUCCUCCGAACCAAACAAUCUUCAUGAAGAGUUUACAAGGUAUUUAUUUGUACUACAGCUUAGACAAGAUAUUCUUGCAGGAAAAUUGAAAUGUCCAUAUGAAACUGUUGUGGAAUUAGCAGCUUGGUGUUUGCAAGCGGAACUUGGUGAGUGUGAACUUUCCGAAUAUACACCAGAACUUGUGUCUGAAUUUCGAUUUAUUCCAAAUCAAACUGAAUCUCUGGAGCUUGAUAUUUUCCAGAAGUGGAGAGAAUGUAGGGGUAAAACACCAGCCCAGGCCGAGCUAUGUUACUUGAAUAAAGCGAAGUGGUUAGAGAUGUAUGGGGUUGAUAUGCACAUUGUUAAGGGUAAAGAUGGCUGUGACUAUGCACUUGGACUGACCCCAACAGGCAUCUUAAUAUUUGAGGGCUCAAACAAAAUUGGUUUAUUCUUCUGGCCUAAAAUUACCAAAAUGGAUUUUAAGAAAAGCAAAUUAACCCUUGUUGUUUUAGAAGAUGAUGAGCAGAAUAGGGAACAGGAACAUACGUUUGUUUUUCGCUUGGAUAACUCUAAAGCAUGUAAACAUUUGUGGAAAUGUGCAGUGGAGCAUCACGCUUUUUUCAGGCUAAGAACCCCAGCAAAUACAAAAUCUACUCGAUCUGACUUUAUUAGAUUGGGAUCAAGGUUCAGAUUCAGUGGGCGAACAGAAUACCAGGCAACCCAUGCUGGAAGGUUAAGAAGAGCUAGUGCAUUUGAGAGACGACCUAGUAAACGAUAUCCAUCAAGAAGACAUUCCACUUUUAAAGCUUCUACUCCAAUGAAGCCACCCCCUUUGUGUGUUAAAACUACACCUGAAAUGCAAAAUGACCAGCAACAAUAUCAUCAUAAUAUACAACAAAAUCAACAGCACUGGCAUCCUCACACAUCUCCAAAUAUCAGGCCAUCUUCUCAUGACGACAGGGUAUUAUGGAAAGCCGGCUCCAGUGGAGAUGGUAGAAACACAAGGUACAUUCAGGACCAAAACCAGAAGAAUUUGGGAGGCAUUCAAAGCAUUCUGUAUCAAGACAAACUCAUGACAACACUUUGACAUCCAUCUUUGACAACAACCCAUAGACAACCAUCACAGCUAUCCAUUGCAUUCAUGAACUCACCUGUCUGUUUAUCAUCUGAAUCCACAUGUUGUUUAAUCUGCAAGUGCCUGGCAUUUAAAGUACCAAGACUGAUUUCCUGGAUACCAGAAAUAUCAUUUAUAGCUUAUGCUGGCUGCCUGAACCAUACAAUUUGUGUAGUGCCCAAAACUACACACUUGGAAAAAACAAUCUGUAAACAUUAUUAUAGUUCUCAAGCAAUAUGGAUGGAUUUAUGAACAUUGGUGUAUUUUUUUCAAAUUAAUACAAAGCAGGCAGCCGCUAAAAUUUUUAAGGAGAUAUGUAUUAUAUUUUAAGGACUAUACUAAAUAGAUGUAAAAAGGUAUACUGCUUCUUGGAUAUGUGAUAGUGAUUGCCUUCUAGUGAUCUGUAUCUCUUGUUCUAAAUUUUAUUAGUUAAUCUGAGUUUUAACAGCUACAUUGUUUUGGGGGUGAAUUAUCAUUGCAAAACUAGCUUUAAUUUAAUCAUUCCCAAUGUCUAUGUUAUGCUUCAAGACAGAAGUACAUGACUUAAGAUGAUAUGGCAUAU